AUUCCAAGUGUGGCGAACUCUCAAUUGCACUCCAAAACCAUGGCAGGUUCCUCCAAGGCGCUUCGACUUGAAGGCUCGAUCACCGCGCUUGUCACUCCGUUCGUGGGUCACACGAAAGCUAUCGACUUCCCAGCGCUUCGCCGCAUCGUCGACGACCAAAUCGCCCGCGGCAUCAACGGACUCCUCUCGAUGGGCUCCACGGGGGAGUUCUGCACGGUUACUCACGACGAGCACGACAAGGUCAACGCCGCCGUCGUCGAAUACUCGGCCGGUCGUGUCCCAGUGAUUGCUGGCACGGGGUCCAACAGCACGAUUGAAGCCGUUCGACUCACGCAGGCCGCGAAGGAUGCCGGUGCCGCGGCAUGUUUGGUGGCCGCGCCGUACUACAACAAGCCGUCCCAACGAGGAAUGUACGAGCACUUCAAAGCGGUACAGGACGUGGGCCUUCCUGUGAUACUGUACUGCAAUGCUUCUCGGUCGGGCGCGACCAUGACAAUGGAUACGGUCGCCGCGUUGGCCAAGCUGCCGCAUGUGGUCGGAUGGAAGGAGGCGACAGCGUCCUUGACCCAGGCUUCUGACGUGGCAGCGCGUACGGACCUUGCAAUCUUUGCAGGAGAUGAUGUGCUGACGGUCCCUAUCAUGGCGAUUGGGGGGGUCGGGGUCACGAGUGUCCUGUCCAAUAUAGCGCCUGAGAAAGUGCUCGCGAUCACAGACGCCAUGCGACGUGGCGACUAUGCCGGUGCCCGCGCCGCCCAUUUCGCAUGUGUACGAUUGGUAUUUGGGAUAGACACUUGAAACUUGUGAUACGGAUUUGCUGACAUUUAGGUGGGGCUGACCCACGCCUUGUUUGAGACGGAAGUGAACCCCCAAGGCGUGAAAAAGGCCAUGGAGUUGCUCGGGUAUUGCUCUGCAGCAUGUCGACUGCCACUGGUGGAAGCGUCGGCGGCGUCCACUGCGAUCCUAACAAAACAGCUCCAAGCCGACGGAUUGCUGGAACAAUAAAAUAGGUUGUGAAACUUCCAUGGAUCAUCCCUCUGUUGAAGUCCACGAUUGGUGUUGAUGUGGUGCAUCUGGACAUUACAGUAAGAAAAGUCCGAUCAUAUGACCAAGUACUCG